UUUUUAACUAGUGGGGUGUCCCCAAUUUCCAGGAAAGGUCCAAAAAGCUUCCAAAUUUCCAAAUUUAAUAAUUUAUUUAUUCAGUUUAGUCCAAAAACAAAUAAAAUAAAGCAGUUACAGUAUUUUGCUACGGGUAGAGGCAUAUAAUUUUAUAGGUCCCAUUUCCCGCCAUUCUAAAAACCCUAAUUCCCCUCCGCCUUCCUCCUUAAACCCUACAGCCGCCUCAAUCGCCACCACUCAUUCCCUAAAAGCCAUAAUGGACCCAAAAGCCGUGAAAUCCGACUUAGUCCUUAUCCUCGACUUCGGCUCUCAAUACACCCAUCUCAUCACUCGCCGUAUUCGUGCUCUGUCGGUCUUCUCGCUUUGUAUCUCCGGUACUUCCCCUCUCUCUUCCAUCACUUCGCUCAAUCCCAAAGUUGUUAUCCUUUCCGGUGGACCUCACUCUGUCCAUUCCAAUGAUUCACCUUCGUUUGCUGAGGGGUUCGUUGAUUGGGCUCAGUCCAAUGGGGUUUUUGUCCUGGGUAUCUGCUAUGGACUUCAGUUACUUGUUCAGAGACUUGGUGGGGAAGUUAGGGUUGGGGAGAAGCAGGAGUAUGGUAGGAUGGAUAUUGAGGUUGAGAAAAAUUGUGGUAUUUUUGGUGGGAAGAAGGUUGGGGAUAAGCAGGUUGUUUGGAUGAGUCAUGGUGAUGAGGCUGCUAGGUUGCCCGAUGGGUUUGAAGUGGUGGCUAGGAGUCAACAGGGCGCCGUCGCCGCUGUUGAGGACAGAGGCCGAAAAUUUUAUGGGUUGCAGUAUCAUCCUGAGGUUACACAUUCGCUGGAAGGGAUGGAAACGCUGAGAUAUUUCUUGUUUGAUGUUUGCGGUGUGAAUGCUGGUUGGAAAAUGGAAGAUGUUAUGGAUGAAGAAAUUGAAGUGAUCAACAACACGGUUGCUCCUGAUGAUCAUGUUAUUUGUGCUCUAUCCGGUGGUGUUGAUUCCACAGUUGCUGCAACCCUUGUUCACAAAGCAAUUGGGGACCGACUUCACUGUGUUUUUGUUGACAAUGGUUUGUUAAGGUAUAAAGAGAGAGAACGUGUGAUGGAAACCUUUGAAAGGGAUCUGCAUUUACCGGUUACUUGCGUUGACGCAAGUGAGCAGUUUCUUAGUAAACUUAAAGGAGUUGUAGACCCUGAGAUGAAAAGAAAGAUAAUAGGCAAAGAAUUUAUCUGCAUCUUUGAUGCUUUUGCUCAUGAAUUGGAGCAAAAAGUAGGAAAGAAGCCGGCUUUUCUGGUUCAAGGAACCUUGUAUCCAGACGUGAUUGAAUCAUGUCCUCCACCAGGAAGUGGAAGAACCCAUUCACACACAAUCAAAAGUCAUCAUAAUGUUGGAGGACUUCCCAAAGACAUGAAGUUAAAGCUCAUUGAGCCACUUAAACUUCUCUUCAAGGACGAGGUUCGGCAACUCGGGAGGAUAUUGAAGGUUCCUGAGCCAUUUUUAAAGCGUCAUCCAUUUCCUGGGCCUGGCCUUGCAGUUCGAGUCUUGGGUGAUGUAACUGAAGGCAAUGCCUUGGACAUUGUGCGCCAGGUUGAUGAAAUUUUCAUUCAGUCCAUCAAAGAUGCUGGUAUUUAUGAUUCAAUUUGGCAAGCUUUUGCUGUAUUUUUGCCUGUAAAAUCCGUUGGAGUUCAAGGUGAUCAAAGGACACAUUCAUAUGUUGUUACUCUCCGAGCUGUUACAAGUCAAGAUGGAAUGACAGCAGAUUGGUACUGUUUUGAAAACAGUUUCCUUAAAGAAGUUUCUCAAAAGAUUUGUAACAAUGUUCGAGGUGUGAAUCGUGUUACUCUGGACAUUACAUCGAAGCCCCCAUCGACAAUCGAAUGGGAGUGAUGCCAUGCCGUAGAGCAAAGGUGAUAUAUUUGUGUCUUUAUCCGAGGCUAGCAUUUCUUAAGCUACAUUAUCUCUCUCAAUGAAAUACCAAAUUUCUAUUGGAACUUUUUAGUAAUAUUUAGCAUUAUAUUUCUUUUGGCAGUUGUAAUUAUUUCUGUUGAUGGAUGCUUUUAUAGUUUUAGCCGAAUAUAAUGGGCAUGUCUUUUGAA